GAAAGUCAUUGGUUCUCUGAGUUGGAAUUCCUAGGAAUUCCAAGUCCUGUUGGCUAUAAACUUGGAAUUUCUGGGAAUUUUUGGGAGUUUCUGGGAAUUUCUAGGAAUCUCUAGGUUUUUAGAACCAGAGUUGUUAUGGUUGGGAAUUCCCAGUCCAAAUUUACUGUGAAAAUUCACACCUUUAUUCCUAGGAAUUCCUAGGAAUUCCAAAAGCCAUUUCGCAAGGGAUACUAGUAAGGAAAUCAUAUCUACUAACUUGAACUUGUGUUCGAUCUUACUCUAGUAUCAUUCAAGCAUUGUUAUAUUCAUUUCUAUCAGAUUUCCUUUAGAUUUUUACAUGCAACAACAGGAAAUGUUUGCUUCGUACAUGGGGUUGUUUCUUGCUUAGAAGCCAAAUAUUUGAUGAGGAGCAGGGGUACUGGACUCAUGUAACUUUUUCCUUUUAUCACAAAUUUCUUCAGAUUGUGGUAUGUUUUUUCCUGCGGGGGACUGCUGUUGACAUAACUACAGAUUUGCAGUGGAGUGGAGAUUCCCUAUUGGUUAAAAGGUCUCUUAUCAAAGAAAGUUUAAUGCCACCCAACAGAGAGAAAUAUAGGAAAAGGGAACUCUUUACCUUGUUCCAUUGGAAAGACUUAACAUUUAUGGUUCAAAUUCCCUUCCCCACCCAAACAAGGUUCAAAUUCACCACCCCCCCUGCACUGUUAGGAGAGUUGAGGUACAAAUCUUGGGAAUGAAAGGGAAGGGUUUAAGGUGAUACUUGAAGUCCUGGAAAAAUCAAUCUGAGUCCUAGAAAAGUCCUUGAAAUUUGUUUCUGAAAAUGGGUACCAACCCACUGAGCAAUUGCUCAACUGAACUCCAUCCUAUAUCAAUCUCUCAAGUACCUACAUGUAACAUGGCCAUUUUGUUACUAGCAAUUUGUAAGGCAAGGAGCAGCUCACACAAUAGUCUACAAAUGUCAAAUUACACAAACAAAGCGAACUUGCAUUUGUACAGGUGUAAAAUUAAGAAGCAUACCACUCAGUAUUGGUUGAUGUUACCACUAUGACUCUCAGCUUAUAGCUGAUGUAUUCCCUCCAUGUUAAAUAAACACAACAAGCUGACAAGAAGCCUCUGUUUCUAUCAUGGUGAAGCUAUUUUUGUUUUUGCUGUUUUUCAGCUGCAAUGCCAAGCUUUUAUGGAAAAGAACACCAGAUGAAAUUAAACUGGUGAGUUAUGUCAACUUUUUUCUUGUAAUUACAGUAAAUCUUGACAGAUAAUCAACAUGAAUGUAGAUUUUCUUCUUGAAGGAUUUACAAACAAUUUGUAUUAACAUCAAUGAGUAAGAUUCAAUCAAAAUGUGAGAAUAAUUUAGCUUAUCAUAAAUUACAAUCAGUAAUAGAUCACAGAUGACUUUAAAAUAUGAUAAAAACGUAAAUGUGGCGUAUUAGCAGUGGAUAAGUGUGCUAAUGAUGUUAACUCUUGCCACAUUUUGAUGCAGUCUGUAAUCUGUUACUGAAUAGUUGCAGGAGAAUAUGGAAUCUGUGUGUUUUGUAUGAUGAAGAAAAAUGGUGGUAAUGGUGAUGCCAUUUAUACCUUAAUUUUUGUGAAUGUACUCCAAUAAUCCAUCAAUAAGAACCAAUUAAAAUACCAGUAUAAUUUACUUUUUCAUAUAACAUAAUACAAUAUAAUAUAAUCAUAGUAUAAUGUGAUUAUCUUAUAAUAUUGGUAUUUUUGCUAAAGGAAUGCUAGUCACAUGCCACUUCACCCCACCCCCAACCCCUUCUAAUAGUUUCUAUUUUGCUUCCAUGAUAUUCCAUGACUACUCCUUGGGGGAGAGGGGCUCUUUGAGCAUUAUAUGUAUCACCCAUUAACCCCCUAUUUCACAUUUCCUUGUAAAUUAGUUAUGAGAAUUUAGUAACAAACCAAGAUAUCAUCUUCUACCACAUGAAUUUUAGUAUUAUCCAAGGACAUAACAAUAUUUCAGCCAGGAGUUAGAUUUGCAGUUCAGCAAGUCAACUGUUAGGCUACAAUGUCCACCACAUAAGCGUUUUGUAUAUUUUUUUCUUCUUUGGUUAAUACAUUUUUUUUAAUAUUGUUUAUUUAUUUAUUUAUUUAUUUAUUUAUCACCUUAAGUCAACUCCAGAGCUUGCAAAACUCUGGAAUGUAGGAUGUCAUAUCUGGAAAAGAGAUUUUGUAGCAGUUUACAAUGCUCUGAAAGAAGAAUGGUCACCUUCUAUCCAGCCAAUCAUUGCAGCAUUAACAGGUGAGAUUUAAAUGCCUACCAGCAGCAAACUCUAAAAUUUUUGUGAUUUUCUCCUUGUUACAAGUUAUAUGAUAUGUUGUGUGCAUUUUGUUUGUAAACAACAGAGGGAGAAGAAAAGAAAGUAAUUCCAUUGGAACUCUUUAUUGACUCCAUGAAAGACUGAUUUUUCAUUGAAACUAAACAAAACUUGCCUGCAGCAAUAAAUCAUGUCUGGUGUGGUCAGUUUUCAAGUUUCAUUGAAAUAAAUGGCUCGAAAUUCCAGAAAAUAUGAAGCAAAAAAUUUUUUGAUUUCUCAAAGUAAAGACUGGUACCAGCCAUUAAUUUGGCUUCCAUUGAAUGUGAUUAUGUACAAGAGCUUAAAAAAAUGUUUUCAUGAGCUUGCUAUGGGAUCUAGAGAAACUUUGCUAAUUUACUAGUUUUAGCUUGUUUACUUGCAAGGAGAGACUGACUUUCAUAUGACUUGUGUAAAAGUGAGUUUUUGACUGAAAAAAUGAGAAGAGCUUAACAUGGUUUAGACUGCUGAUUGUUGUUACACCUUUUACCUUGAAGUUCACUCAUAUACCUAUACGGAUAAUGUAAUUAACCGAUUACUUCCAACAAGUCCUAACCCUUUUUCUCCCAAGAUUGGACUGUUAAUUGUCCCCUCUUGCUACCACAUAUUUCUUUGUAGAUUAGUUACAAGAAUUUGGUGGUAGAUCAAGUUUAAAACUUCUAUCUUAUAACUUUUGGUAUUCUUAUUACCUGUUUUCUGGAUAAAGUGUGGAUUAUAGGAGAAAAGUUACAUGUGAAAAACUUUUGGGAUUUCCAUGUAUGGGGUUAAGGCAAUCAGAUUACCCUCCUUGUUUGGUGAUGGUGUCUAGUUCAUGACCUCUUGUAUGUUUUUUUCAGAAAAACUUCAGAAAAGGACAUUUGAUAUAGUAUCCAACGCAUACACCUCUAUCAGAGCAGAAGACUUGGCCAAACUAAUGGGGAUAACAAGGGAAGCUGCUUUGAGUGGUUGGUGUUGCAGUUUCACUGCAUAUAUUUACAGUGUUAUUCAGUCAUCAUUUGAAAUGUUUAGAUAAAAAAUGAUGGUAACAGUGAUCUUUAGGAAACAGUAAGUGAAAGAAAAUUGUGCAUGGUCUAAAUAAAAUUGUAUUAUUUUGCAUUAUGAUCAGUUGCUUUAAAGAAAAAAAGUUUGUUUACAAACAAACAUGCAGACAAAAACUGAGAAAAAUUGAUGAAUGGAACAUCAUUAGUAAAUUAACUAGUAUUAAUCAUGGAUUGAAAAAGUGUGUUCAAUAUAAAUCAGGAAUGGAAUUUUGUUUCUGUGUAAUAAAACCAAUUGUAUAAUUAAACUUCUGAACAUCAUAUAGUGGCUCACAGCUCUGAUUUGGAGUAACUCAUUUUGUUUGAUCAACUGCUUCCAAUUCAACUACAUACACUUUAUCUUCCCAUGUGAUCCAAACUGUAGAAAGUCUAGAUACCCACAUGAGAUCAAGGCCAUGUGUGUCAGUCAGUCCAAGAUGGUGUAGAAAAGCUGAAGCUUUCUAGCUUCAUAUCAAUGCCUGCAGAAAGCAAAAACCUUGAAUAGUAUAUGUUCUUCGUUGAAACAAAUGAUUAAUCAAUUUUAAUGCCGAAAUCCAUAUGAAGGGAAUUUAUCAAUAAUUGAUAAUUGUUGGAUAAUGGUUUUGAUAAUAAUAGUUAUAAUAACAAUGAUUAUAACAGUUGAGUUAUAUCAUUCUUUUUUUUGUCUGAUGACAAUAAUUAGUAGCUGUUACCAGUGGAUGGAUUAGUGAUCCAGCCACAGGAAUGAUUACUCCCAAGAAGACAGGUAGAGAUACAAACUCAGACUUAAACAUAUUUAUAAAUUUUAUAAUUCCCUUACUUUUUUUUUUUGUCAUUCUUUACACUCUUAUAACAGAGCAAUGUUUAAUUUAGUUGUGAAAUGACAUUCCUCUGAGUUAGGACCAUUUUGGUUGCCAUGGCAUAUUAAAAAAAAUAGUUUGGGGGACAAGAUCAUUAGUGAAAGUCACCAAUUAGGUGACCUGUGUUCUGCAGUCAAGUUUGUACAUUUAACUAAUUAGUCUUCAGUCUUUGCCUCUUUCUCCUUACUGUGUAAGUGUUAAGUUUUGAGUUGUUGCAUGAACCUUCGACAACCAUGGUAAUCAUGUUCAGAUUCAUGAUGCUUGAUAGUCACUUUGAAAAAUCUUGAGUUUGGAGCACUCAAUGAAUCUUUGAAUCCUGUGAGAGGUUCAAAAACACUUGUCAAAUUUCAAAACUACAAUCAAUUGUGAUAUGUCAGUGCACCUUUUCAGGCAAAAAAUUGAAUAGGAGAAUUAAAAGCAUUUUUCAUUCUUUGACUCCUUUUUCUUAUUUUCUUUGUAGAGCUUCCACAGAAAGAGAUUCCACUCACAAGUGAACAGGAACUUGCACUAUUGACAGAUUAUGUGUCAUUUUUAGAAAAUUAA